AUGUCAAAUGUGCCCGAUUUCGGCAUUAACGAAUCAUAUGAAGACAAGGCUGUGAAUAAUAGUGUCGACAAACGCUCAGAAGACUCAAUCCAUUUUGAAAAGGACGAUGUUGAUUUAAAAAUCGGAAUGCAAACCACAGGCAAGACACCUCGGCUUCAAUUGUUUCGCAAUUUUCCGGUUUUGGAGGCGAAUCGUAUUCCAAAUGCGACAACGGUGAAUAUCAACAUCUUUUCGCGUUGCAAGGAAAGAUUAGGAGGUGGUACCAACAAGAGUUAUAUUCGCUCAAUCAUCGGCAUCGAUCUCGAGGUGUUAGCGCAGGUGGCAGCCUCUGAGCUGGUAUUUUCGCUGGCCACUCAGUGUACAUCAGCACCUUUCUUCAGACGUAUGUAUUUCGAAGUGGCACGUAUGCAAGGGCGUCUAUCGCUGGGCAGCGGUAUAAGCGCAGUGCUUGUGGCAUAG